GUUUCCUUUAUUUGGGACCUUGGAUCUGAACUUGGUAAACAGGAUUUGCAACCAUCUCCAGUAAGAAGUGUGUUUCCAACAUCACCUGUGUUGCAGCUCUUCCCUAACAGUUAACGUGAUCGGUAUGUGAGCCCGCCCUCCGGCACCGCUCUGCUGCUGUUAAAUCUGAGAGGCUGGUCUUCCUGAUAGCAAUCCUUCUCCUCAGUGGAACACAAAGUUACGGAGCAGAUCAGAACAGGACAGGCGGCUGUUUGUGUGAACAGCAGCGGCUCCUCUCAGACCGUCAGCUCCUCCUGGGGACGCAGCAGCAGGUCACAGGGGACACAGGCUGCUUUUAUAGAUCCAGGAGAUGAAAGGACCGUACAACAGGAAGGCUCCAGGAGCCGGGCUGGACCCUCCGCUGGACGAGCCGCCCGCCGUGCCAGGCCCUCCUGUCCCCAGUGUGACUGGCUGCAAAUGGAACAAAGGUACAAGAUGUCCCGUCUCUGGGGGUGAGCGGGUUUACCUCGGAGUUCGUGUCAGAAUGCCGGUUAGGGAUCUACUGAAAAACAGACGAGUGCCCAAAGACAUGGACCCCAAUGACUUUAACGAAAGAGGCUCAAAAAAAGGCUCUGGAAACAGGAAACGUGCCAGAAGUCGCGCAAGAAACAAAGCUACUAGGGGACAACACCCUGUGAAAAGCCUGGAGGAACUGGCAAUCAUCAUCGAGGUGUUGGAAGAGGACCUGAGAUCUGGCUGCACUCUCUGCUCCCCAACCCCAAAGUCCCUUCCUUCUGACUUCACUACCUCUCCAGAACUGUCUCUAACCGAUGUAAAUUCCGGUGACGAAUAUGAUGAAAUCAUUCCCAGCCCAGAAUCCUAUAUGGCCUACUCUCCCAGCGCCUCGGAACACGACGUGGCCUGGACCCGACCCGACUACAUGUUCUCCGGCCUCCAGCCCCCCGGUGUCACUGAUACACAAAGCUAUGAUGACAGAGAGGAGGGCUGGUUCGAGCCAAAGAACAACUGGGAUCUGAACACUUCUGCCUUCUUCUGGACACAGCUGCAGAAAGAGGAGAGCUGGCUGAGGACGACCUCUGAUGCUGAGCUGCUGACCACCGAUGAGCACGGCAGGACACUUCUGCAUAAAGUGGUGUGUCUGGGAAAGAGAGCACAGGUGUAUGCCAUCGCCAAAAGAAUGUCUGCAAUCAACAGCCUGGACCUCAAAGACUCUGAUGGAAUGACUGCCAUCCUCUAUGCGGCAAAGCACAACCAGCACCUGAUGGUGGCGGAUUUGAUCCGACUGGGGGCAAACGUGAACCAGACCAACAACCUGGGGAAGUCCUGCCUGCACCUGAGUGCUGAGAAUGGCUACAUCAGAGUGUUAGAGGUUUUGAAACAAGGAAUGAUGGAUGGGCUGUAUAUUGAUGUGGAAGCCACUGAUAACUCUGGGAUGAGUGUCCUCCAGUGUGCUACUGUGGCUCUGAAGGCCAGCAUGAGUCAGGUGGACAGCAGCAUGUCUCUGAGUCACAGCAGACUUCACACUCUGCGCCAGGAGCACAUGAUGGAGACACUGAAGUGUGUCCUGCAGAUGGACAGCUUCCUGCAUGCUGCUGCCAGCUGGUCUGCUACAGAUCCAGAAUACACAGUUCAAAGCUGACUGAACAGCCAGCAUGUUUGCCCUGCAGGGCAUUUUGGAACCCCGACAGUAAUGUUCUGAGUUUGUUCAGACUUGACUUCAGUCAGAGAGACUACAAAUAUUUAGUUUCUCUCUCACGUAUAAGUUCAGGCCUUUUAUGUAUAAGCAUCUGUUAGGCUGUGUGUGGUUGCAGGUAUCUGGUUUGUAGUCAGUUCUGUACUAAUGCCUGCACAGAAAUAUCAGAUGCACCUUCACUGGUUUCUGUGAAACUUCCAUUGUUUGUUACAGUUUCGUAACAAGUCGUCUCUUAACUACGUCCCUACAGACUCCAAAGUAAAAUCCUUUGGCUUUACUUAAAGUAUCGUCAGUGGCGCAAAAAGUGGGUAUGCAGCGCAUGCAACGCAUAGGGGCGCAGCACCAGAGAGGGCGGCGCGCCGAUGAUGUUUUCUCAUACACUUCAGCGUGCCUUACGCUCCUUCACCUCGCGCACAUAACGAGGUAAAUUUAGCGCGUUUUACCCUUCACAUAUCGUCGUCUUGGGGGGGUAGAGACAAUUUUUAAAGGGACAAAGGUCCAAUUUGAAGGCAUUAAAUAUCAAAGUAAAAUUUUCAAGUCAUAUCUGAUAUUUAGCAUUUUUUAACUGAAUAUAACCUAGUUACAAAUGUUACAAAUAACAUAGUUAUAAAAUGGCACUAAGUGCCUGGAAAAUACACAAUACUGUAAUUUAAUCCACGAAAGGGGAGAAACAAACAUAUUUGCUGAAUAAGCUCUGAUGUAGCAAAUUUCCCGUCUGUGCCUUACCAGGGCCUUGAAACUCUGAAAACUUAAAAUUGGGGGGGUACUCCAACCCUAGUUUGUACACUCUACUUCCUGCAGACAUGAGUAACAUGAACAUCUGGCAGAAUGACAUUCUGCGAAGCCUAGUUGAUUCUCUUCAAACCGGUAGGUGGAAAUAUGGCUAAUUCUCACUUUCAUUUGUUUUUCUUUUUGGGAACAUUUUAAAAAAUUGCUUAAUAUUUGCAUGACUACUGGAUGGAAGAACAGCUAUUGACCAAUGAGAGUUGUUCCUCAUUGGUCACACUUUAACUGCAGGCUGGUUUAAGACACGAUAUAUAUCCUGAACAUCUGGUUAGUGAGUCGAAUAAGCACAAUCACAAUACAAAUCACAAUAUCUGAUUGAAAGGUUUCAAUCAGAUAAAAGGCAUUGGUUUGAUUAACUGAAUGGAGAGCCAAUGAAAUCCAAGAAAAAAAAAAGCCAAAAAAUGGACUUUACAUGUUGGAUCUUUUAAGGACUGUUGUUAGAGCGCAUUACAAAGUGAGUUGUUAUGGGAAAGUUUUUCAGUUACACUUAACUGCUUCCCCAUGACUCAUUAAAAAAAGUUGGUGUGUCGAGUUUUCACUUGGUCAUUAUUUUACCUAAUAUCACAUAAAGAGUCUUUCUUUAUUAAAUAUAAUAUUUUUGCUGUAUUAUGUGUACUUUUAAUAUUGUGUUUUUUUUAUCAUUACACUUUAAAUUUUAAAAAUUCUAAGAGAAAUGACUUUAAAACCUAAAUAGAGAGAGGGAUGUUUUCUCACCUAAUAUAUCAAAUCUUGUAUUUUUUUCCCCUAGUUUGGUUUUUAAGUAAAAGGGGAAUUCUUUUUUUUUAUUUCCCCACAAAAUAAUAAAUCCCAUUUAUUGUAUUAUGUUUGCACUAUGUUAUUGUUUAUACUAUUAAGCCGAGUAGUUUAUGGGCUACUCAGCUUAACACGCUACAACAAUGUGACGCCAUGUUGUAGCGUCACAUGUUCAUGUAUUAUAAAUGUAAAGAAAAUUUCAUAUUAUAUUGGGAAUAUUGUAUAUCAGUAAGGGUUGUUAUGGGUUAUGGAUACUUUUCUUUACAGAAUAUGUAAACUUGUAGAAUAGGAGAAUUUUGUGUUUGUAAUCGUAGCUUCUAAUUACAGCUACAAUUAUGUUUUUUUGUUGUUGUUUUAAAUGUAUUCUGGAAUUUUUGUUGUGUGGUAAAUCAACUGGAUCGCCUUCCAAAGUCAGAUUUUCCACUGGCAAAAAGGGAGCAACCAGGUGCUUGCUAAGAAAGGUAACGUGUAAAGUAAUAUUCGUAAGAGGUACUGCUAACAAUGUGGGCGUCGUCAUGUUGAAAUUCCUGCUUCUUAUCUGGAACACUUUGACCUCAAGUCUGACGUCAAACCUGUCAAGACUUCUCAAAAUUACUGAGGAGUUUUACCUCUUUGUCUACCAUGAUGACAGAUCAAAGUUCUGAGCUGACUUCUUUUCCCCAUUAGUCCAUUAAGUUCAAGAUUGCAACCCUUAAAUUUGCAUAGCUUUUAUUAUAAGGACUGUAUUUACCUUUAUCUAUCAACGCAAGCUAACACCUCCCUUUGGCUAAAUUCUAAUCUAGAAACAGAUGUUCAGCUGCUUCGAACCAGGUGUUUCUCCCCAUAAUUAUGAACAGCCCUCAUAAAGCUGAUGAUAGGGAAUAAAAAUCCACAACACAAUAAAAAUGCAGCCAUCUGUUUCUUGCAGCUGCUGCCUCUGUAUUCAUUUGUUAUGCACAAAACUUGUGAAUUAUUGUAAAUCGUGUGUACUCUCAAUGUUAAUGUAAACGUAUCCCACAGUCUUCUGCAAACAUGUACUUAUUUUCAUCCUGAAAUUCAAUAAAAAAUAGUUUGAACUAA